AUGGAUAUCAAGAAAGAUUUACUUACAUCCUCUGGGAUCAUUUUACUUCUGCUAUGGAUGACAGUUUUAAUUGGAAUUUAAUCAUGGAGAUAAUAUCAGAGAUAUUUUAUCAGAUCUUGGAGCUAAAUUAUAUACACCCUAGCUUUGAUGUAGAAAGCUUAAACAGAAAUAAAUCAUCAAUGCAUGACAUUCAAUAGUAUGUUUGAUAAAAUAGACAAACUCUACUAUGUUGCAAAUACAAUUCUCUGCAGCUAUGUAUGCCAAUGCAAAGCAGAAUGGCAGAACUACGUAGAAUAGUUUCCUCAGAAGUAAAAUACAUAACUAGGAAUUAUCGACAAACAAUCUAUGGUCAUUAGUAAUGAUGGAGCUAUAAAUUUCCAAACCUGCCCUUUGCCUAUACUUCGAGCUUUUGAACAAUCCUUGUCAAAGUAUUAUUAAGAUUCAAUUGAUCACAAUAUUGAUUUACUGGAGGCUCUAGAGUUUGACUUUAAUUGUGCUUCUAUGUGCAAAUAAUCUAGAUUCUGGACCUUCUCGAAUGUCACCUAAGGUCCUCCACAUUAGAAUUGUGCGACUAGUUUCAACAGAGUGAUAGAGAAAGCAACACAUUAAACAAUUAGAUGGUCUACUAUUUUAGGAUUGCUUUUGAUUAUGAUUAUUACAAAUCAGUUGAUUAUUAUUUGCUAGGAUCCUCGAGAUCAAUACAUUGAAUUUCUUGAGAUUCAUGAGGAAUUAGUUCAUCCUUUGAUUAUUAAAUGA